UAGUAAGUGUGUACAGUUAGUGGAGUAGUUACUAGGGUAAGUGAACAGGCUGUGAUUUGGGACGCGUCCCGGGCUGGUCCCUGCUCCUGUAGGUGUGGGAAGUGUUCUAUAUCACCGCAGCUGUGAAGUUCACUCUGAGUCUCUCCUCCGUGUUUAGCAGCAUGGCUCGAGGACACCAGAAGAUCCAGUCUCAGCAGAAAAAUGCCAAAAAGCAGGCAGAGAUCAAAAAGUCGAAAGGACACGACCAGAAAACUGCUGCCAAAGCUGCUCUCGUCUAUACAUGUAAAGUCUGCAGGUCACAGAUGCCGGAUCCCAAAACCUUCAAGCAGCACUUCGAGAGCAAACAUCCAAAAAGUCCUCUUCCUCCAGAGCUGGAAGGUGUGGAAGCUUGAGCCCUGCUCGCCAAAACCUGCACCACCGCUUCACCCUCAGAGACUGUUAAUGCUGUAUACUGUUUCCCCAACGGCAAAAAAACACCACACAGAUGCACAGACUGUUCUUCCGUCUGUCUGUCUGUCCAUCUGUCUGUCCGUCUGUUUAACACACUGCUGCACUGGUUUACACUGGGGCCGAUGAUGAUGAUGAUGAUUAUGAUAAUGAUGAUGAUGUAAAGGGGGUGUGUUCGGGAUAUAAUUCCGGAGGUACCAUAUUUUCCGGAUUUGAAUGAGUCUAUUGGUGUUUUUUGAGGUUUGAAUAAUUGGCGUUUUAGUAUCCAAUAUAACUAAAGAAUUCCAGAACAAAAAGUAUUUACAUACGACACCCAUCCCCCACCCCCCAUACACACACACACACACACACACACACACACACACACACACACACACACACCAAUUUAAAUAAAUCAUAUUUUCUUUACUCCGGAAAAUACAGUUAAAAUAAAUGAAUAAUAAAAAAGGCUAUAUAAUUGAAACUGUGAAUAAAAGCGGUAACUGUUGCUAAUUUCUUUUUUUUUUUUUUUUUUUGAUCGUUUCUGAGAUCACUGGAUGUGGAUGAGGGUGAAUACCACUAUACUCUUUUCAUUACACCUCAGAGAUACUGAUGAUUUGUGGGCGGAGCUUCGUUCAGAGAGACGUAGGAUGAGCGUCCUCACUGCGGCGUCCUCAUGUCCUGCAAGUGUAAAAUAACAAUUCUAAUAAAGUUUAAUUUUGUUUA